UGUGAUCACGUGAUACCGUAGCGAAGAUUCAUUGGUUGAUAUAUUGAAGACAUGCUCAGUGACUCUAGUCAUUGAAAUGGAUUUGAUGGAAGGGAAAUUAUGAGGUACGGCUUAAAUGUUGUGUGCUUGUAUACCGAUAUGAGUGACUUCAUAGCUCAUAAAUAUAGUUACUUGUGAUAAAAAAUAAUUUAAGAAAUGAAUUCGUACUAUAAUAGUGUCGUACCGGCUCAUAUGCCGUCUAUGAAUAGUGGACAGACGGACGCGUUUUACGGACAAGAAGGAAAAUCGCAUAACGUGGAUAUUGGCUACCAUUCUAACUCUCAAAGUAUGUGCUACGAAAACGAAUCUGGAAAUUCCUAUGGAAUGACAAAUUAUCACGGAUUCCACCAAACAAGUUAUGACAAGUUUGAUUCCGCCGGACAUGGUCGGAUUAUGAAUCUGUCGGCAAAACAAAUGCCGCCGUUUGGUAGUAAUGGGUACUAUUACCAAAAUGCAAACAAUUAUCUCAACUCGUGCAAUGUAAAUUCGAACGUAAAUGUGAACUUAAGCAGUAAUUCGCCGCCGGGAAUAGGACAAUAUCCCGACGAAAGACAUGUUCAUGACAGAUUAAAUAAUUUGAAAUCUGAAGAAAAUUGUAUACCGACACCACCGCCAAAUACUUUUUCACCUCAUGAACAAAGUUUCAAUCAUAUAAACAAUAAUCCAACCCAUCAUGGUCUCUCUCCGACGGAUAUUGUUCAUAAUAAUAUGAGUUCGAGCCCGCCUAUUCCUCAACAUUGCAACGGGAUGAUGGGCAACCCCUAUCCUUGGAUGAGGCAACUUCCGGCGGAAAUAUCAUACGAACAGAAAAGAACUCGCCAAACUUACACAAGGUAUCAGACGCUUGAACUGGAAAAAGAAUUUCAUUACAACCGCUAUCUUACUCGUCGUAGACGGAUCGAAAUUGCUCAUAUGUUAGGACUUACGGAACGACAAAUAAAAAUCUGGUUUCAGAACAGGAGAAUGAAAUGGAAAAAGGAGAACAAUAUUCCGAAAUUGACCGGACCUGACCGAUCAAAACCAGAGAAUGACUCAGAAAGACCACGUGAUUUGACGUCAUCGCUCAUACCGGAUAUAGAUGAUGGAACUUCUUGUUCUCCUUGAGAAAAACUGCUGAUUCACUGCUGUCGUGUUUAAUGUAUAAUCAGUGUUUUGGAGAUACUUACAUUCUACAAAGUGUUAUAUAAAUGAGAAAGAAAAAGGACAGUUCCUGGUAUGACAAGAAAAGCUGAGGAUUCACUGAGUACAAUACUAAUAAAGGUGUUCGCAUGUGUUGUCACCGUUGAUCAGUGAGUUCACUCACGAGACAGAGAUAGUGACAUAAGUGAAGGAAUCGGAAAACAGCAAGCAGUGCAGAUUGGGAGAAUGUGCUGUUUGGGAGAAUGCUUUGGACUACUUUUGAAGUAGAUAGAGAAAUGUGUACCAUAGAGGACAACGUGUAGUGACAUAUUUGUCUCUGAAACCAUUAAAGCUCAGGGUAUGAUUUAACCGACGUAAAUAUACAUUGUUUAAUCAUGACUUUAGUAAAAUUAUUAUGGUACAUGUGUAAACAAUCAGUAUCAUCAUGUAACUGACAACUUCCAAAAAAUAUAUCACUCCGUUCAUUUUAGCAAGGGCGGACAAAAUCCUCCUGUCUUAAUUUUAAGUAGUACGAAAAAAUAUUACAUGUAAAUGGAAUUACUGUUAACUUGAUUAUAUGCAAUUUUAAACAAAGAACGCGAGAAGGGUCGUUUAAUCUACGUGAUAUUUUGUCUAGAGAUCUACCUAUCAUAUAUAUUGUGUAUUUUUGAUACUUCCGCAGCCAAAAACAAGACCGAAACUUUAUAGGCUUCAUCUGUGUACUUGCCUGAAAAAUCCAGUUCAAAAUUCUUUGACGCUUUGAUGCAUGAACAGAUAUUUUGAGAAAAAUUGGAAAAGGAAAAAAAUGGAGUAGUGGAAAUACGAUGUCUGGAAAAAAAGAUAAUAAGACAAUAGAAGUUUAAGAGUCUGCUCCAUAAAAAAGAAUUUCCUAGACACCCUAUUUUUCUAUGGAUAAUUUAACACACACAAAUGAAAACUUAAAUAUUGAAUUAAUGUGACUGUGAAUUUAUGACGUUGCUUUGUGAGAUAAAACAUACAUACAGAUUCAUUAAAAAAAUGACACCCGAAGUAUUGCGAAAUAAAUUGCAUACUAGUGCAUUAAGGGAUGGAAAUAUAUACUCGUACAAGUGACAUUUAUAAAUAUUAAUAAAAUCUGUUGGUCGAUAAUACGUGUACAUGACAUUGAAACUGACAAAGGUGCACAAUUUAUUUGACAAUAUUUUGGGGGUAUAUUAUUUUUGAAAUGACGCUGUACAUAGAAAUCCUUAGAAAUUUUAGAUUCCUAAGUCAUUCUUACCUACUACUUUAUUUGCACACUUUUAAUUGCUUUCUUAGAUGAUCAGUUACACCUCCUUUUCAUUAAGCUGUUGAUAUGACUGAUAUUGACUCGUUUAGUUUUCUAAAAAAAAGGUCAGAUAUUUGAAGUUAUUAUAUUCCUUUCUUGAUAGUAAUGUGGUUGUUUUGUUAUACACAAUGUUAAUGUUUUUGUUUACAACAGAAAACAUGAAUAUCGUAAUAGACUUUAAGGGAGGUCUUAUUUAUAGAAAAUAACUGUGCAACGCAGUGACAUUUAGACUUCUCAUGUGUUGAUGUGGUAUCGAAGACAACGUUUUUGCAUAUUUCUUAAAUUUCAAUUUUAUAGGCGGUUUUGAAAAGUGAAAAAUUCAGUGGAUAUUUUGUUGUGCGUUUAAUUAAUUUAAUAAUAAUCUAGGAGUUCGGACUCAGUUUACUGAAUGUAGUAUUUUAAUUAUUUUAAGAGUUAUCUAUAAACUGAAUACGUUCCUAUUUCGAUUUCCUUAUUGCUUGCUACAAUCUGUUCACAUAAAUAGUUCCGUUUUACUAGACUCCAGCGAAUGGAAACCAGUGCUAAAAAUGGAACAUUUUUUUCUGUAGUAUUUAACAUGUCUUUGAAGGUAUUUAACAACGGGUGUUAUCACUUCUUACAAUAGGGGUAUCUCCGCUCUUACAGUACAAUAUCAAGUAUGUUCAAACAGAAAUUAAUAUAAAAAUGAUGUCACAGGUAAUGAAGUUUCUUGCUAACAUUCCCUUUUCAUGAUAAUUUUUCCUGCGUGACGAAUGCAGGUUUUCUACAUAUUUUACCAGCAUAUAUAUAUGACCUGGUUUGUUGGAACAUUCUUUUGUUGAUGAUCCAUGAUUGUUCCAAAAUUUCAACAAAGGAAAGUUCCCAGAUACCAGGAAUAUGCAACGUUACUUUACGGAAUGAACAGAAUUAGGUUCCAACAUACCAGGUAUAUACAGGAUAUAUAAAUAAUAUAUAAAAUAUAUAUAAAAUACAGGCAGAGAUAAGCAAUCUAUCUUGACCAGAUAGCUAAUAGAGUCCAAUAAUUUUUAGUAUUCUUUAUUUCUUGAUAAAAAAAAUGGUAUGUUACAAGUUUUUGUUGAUAUAUGUUAUAAACACUGCCAUUAGAAUACGGUCACUACACGCACGAGGCAUUAUAUCUUGUUCUUAUAUUUUACAGCGGAAUAUGGAAUAUGUUUAGAAUUUCUAAACCAAUUCUACGUUGACCUGAAUUAAGUGGCUUGUUAUAUGAUGUAUUCUUACUAGUAUUACAAGAUAAUUUCAAGUUUUGUGAUUCAUGAAGUGCAUUUUGCAUUUUGUAAUAUUUGUUUGCCAGUAAAUGUAAGUACGAUCAGAUGUGAAAUAUUUGAUUUGAUAUGUUGGUUACAGACAUGCAACAUAUUCUUACAUUUUCAUUUAAUAACCAUACAUCUAAUUAAUCUAAAACAUUAAAACGCUACCGACAUUUUUAUAUAUGAGCCGUGCCAUGAGAAAAUCAACAUAGUGGGUUUGCGACCAGCAUGGAUCCAGACCAUCCGCGCAGUCUGGUCAGGCUCCAUGCUGUUCGCUUUCAAAGCCUACUGGAAUUAGAGAAACUGUUAGCGAACAGCAUGGAUCCUGACCAGACUGCGCGGAUGCGCAGGCUGGUCUGGAUCCAUGCUGGUCGCACACCCACUAUGUUGGUUUUCUCAUGGCACGGCUCAUAUAACAAAAUAGAAACUAUAUACGACUUUAUAUACACAUUUGAAUUUUAUACCUAGAACAGACAAAAGCAACACGAAGCCUGUUAGAUUAAUUUUUUUUCAAUGUUUGAUUCAAUAAUUGAUUGAUUGAUUUAUUGAUCAGUUCAUUCAUCGUGAACUCAUUUGUUCAUGUAUUCACCCAUCCAACAAUCCAUUCACUCAUUUAUUAUUAAUUCAAUCAAUCAAUCAAUCAAUCAAUCAAUAAAUCAAUUCUGUACAAGAUAAUAUUGUUGAAGGUGAUCCUGCAGAAAACAUUAGAAUAUCAAACAACAGUAUAAAUGCAUGUAUGAAUUUUAUCACAGAAAUGUGCCCUAAUAAUUGUUUAAAAAUAUUUAACCUACUAACCAUCAUUUUAAAACGCUUGCUUCUUUCAUUUCACACUAAGCCAGUAAUAGCAAGUUAAAGAAUUUUUUUCUCGUUUCUCAUAUAAAUAACUAUUACAUUUAUAAAAAUAUACCACCACUUUUAUCAGUGGCAAUCAUACAAAAAUAUGUCAUUGUUUAUGUGCAGCUCAAGAAUGAUUUUAUACAUGUAUUCAUCGAUUUCUACAACCAUAAAUAAAAUCCUACAUUAACAUACGUUUCAUUUCUUCACGUAGAAGUACAUAUUCUUUUCAACGUUUUGUUCAUAUUUUAGUCUUAAAACAGCUUUUCUCUUUGUGCAAAGAUCCAGCAAUACAUAAUUGUUUAUAACGAAAUUAAGACAUUAAUCCCAUAGAUGUAUCAAAGGCCCUGCAGUAAGUUUCUAUUGCGCAUGCGUAUGGGGGUUUCAUGCGCAUGUUAAGGAUGGAUGUGUUCUAUUUGAAUGUUAAUUUAUUGUAAGAACUGAGUUUGGAAUGAUUAUCUUGUGUUAUAUUUUGAUUGGUAUUGUUUCAAAAAAUGUAUGAAUGUUAUAAGAAAUGGUGCCCCAUUAUUGUAAUCUAUUAGUAAACAUUGUUGAAAUAAAGCCAAAAAUAGAAGCAAAAAUAUG